GGUUCAGUUCUCUCAGUCAGAUGUUUCACUGAAGCCAGAAAGAACCAGAGAGAAGAAACAUGGAGAACCAGAAUAACAAAGAUCUUGAUGGCAGCUGGAGAAACACCAGGGACUUUGCUCGUCAGGGCAAGUUAGACUUUAAACUCAAGGAUGUCAGAGUCAGACACGAUCACAUGGACGAGAUCUCGGCUCUGGAAGCCCAGCUGGAAGACUCCAAGUUCCAGCAGCACCUGUAUCGCUGCAAAUGGGCGGCGGCGGAGAGAAAGAGCUGCGAUUUCAAGGCCCAGCUGGAAGACGUUCGCAUUAAGUUUAAGUACUCCACUGUAGAAGCUGAAGGAACCAUUAAGGAGCUCAAAGAGCAGCUGGAGCGAGCUAGCAGCAAUGAGACCAAGUCUUACCAGGAGGAGAUUCACAAGCUCAAAUUUGAGCUGAAUGAGGCCGGAAUCGUAAGAAUCAACGCCGUCAACAGGCUGAUUCUUGCUGAUACGAUCAUGGCAAGGCUGAAUAUCAGACUGGAUGAGGCCAGCGAGAAGCUAAAUAGCAACCCUGCUGAAGACCCGAGACCAGGCCCUGUGGAGCUCCAGCAGCAGCUCCUAAACACCAAGAAAGACCUGAAGGAGCAGGCUGCUAAACAAGAAGCUCUCUGCUGUCAGAUCCAGAAGAUCAGAUCCAAACUCUCCACCAAGGUCCUGAAAGAAAAGAGUGAGGUGUGCGUCCAGGACUUGGAGGAGGAGGUGAAGAAUCUCAAAGCUGACUACCUUGCAAAGCUAGAGCAGCAGCAGGAGGAGAACUCCAAGCUGGCGUCUGCGGUGCAGAGAGUAGAGGAGGAGAAGGUGUCGCUGCAGCAGACCCUGCAGACGAGAGAAGACGAGUGGGCUCAGAGGGAAGCCGCCAUGCAAGCCAGGCUGGACGAAAUCCAGUCCACCAUGUAGAAAAUGUCGGAUCACCUUGCUGCUCAGCUGGGUGGUGACAGGACAUUGUCUCGUGACUUGAUUCUGCAUAGUAACAAUAAAAAU